AUGUUUUCGACGAUUCUUCUUUUGCUGUUGCUGUCGUUUGUGAGUUACCCUAAAUGCGUAAGNAAGAAAAUAACUCCAAAAUGUUAUUUAUUCUUUCAGUUUUGAACCUUUUUUGACCCACUGAGGAGUCAUGUUUUCGACGAUUCUUCUUUUGCUGUUGCUGUCGUUUGUGAGUUACCCUAAAUGCGUAAGUUCUUCCUUGUUUUAAACGUCAGUAAAAAGCACACCACCUUAAUUUAUUAGUAGCAUAACAGAAGAAGAUAAGAAAUAUUGCGAAAAAAUUCUGACCUUAAUUCAUUCCUAUAAGAACGAAUCAGACCUCAAUGUGAAACCUCAACGAUGAUCUAAAUCAAGGGAUAUUGACUUAAAACGACGUUAUUGGCUGGACGCAAAGAACUUGGCACUUUUUAUGGUUUUAAAAACUAAUACUCUUAGCAUAUAAAUCAGCACAGCGUUGCUAUCAUGAGCUCUACACAUCAUGGCAGAUAACCUUUCGAGAUUGAGGUUAAAAACCUUUUAAAAAGCUUUAAUUUUGAGAUGUGUUAAAAGGGUCCAAAAAUGUCAUUUGAUUUCAGUAUUGCCUUCUCCUUGUGUAACACUUGGAAAAAGAAAUAAGGGCCUAUAUUAUUUCCAUUUGGCCUAGUUUAGCGCUACUACUCCGAUCGUAUAAGUUUUCGCUAGCAACAAGACUGAACGGUCAUUCAAACACGUUGGUUUUUAAUCCUGCUAAAUUUCCGUCGACCCCUAAAACAUUAAAACACAUGAACAACAAUAUCGCCUUCUCAACACUGCAGUGCCAACACUGACUGAAGGAAGUCGAACUUGCUCUUUAAAGUGCAAACAAUAUAAAAAUUCGGCGUCUUACAUCUCUCAAUUUUUCCAGCCAGAGCUGCAACGCUCCUUAUCGCAUGAUGAAAUUCGUACACCGAAGCGUACCUCUAGUUGUUUGGCUUGGGUCCCACUAAUGAGGGUUGGGCACUUAUACGCUUGUCUCCAGAGCCAAUAUUAUUAUUAUUAGUAUUAUUAUUAUUAUUGUUAUCAUUAUUAUUAUUAUUAUUAUUAUUAUUAUUAUUAGAUGCUGAAAAAGGAUUCGCAAAUAUUCGAUAAGACAUUGAGAACGCUAUUUUUAUCCUUUUUUAGUUAGAAUACGUUUACCUUUGAAAAUAUUUUUUUUUAAUUGAAAGGAAUUGUAAAUAUUGCUUCGACUGAAUUGGUUUUUGGAAGCGUAAUUAAUUAUAAAUAGGAUUUUAUAGUUAGAUUAGUAAUCAAUAAAAGAUUAUUAUUAUUAUUAUUUUAUUAUUAUUAUUACUAUCAUCAUUAUUAUCUCUAUUAUUGUUAUACUUCAAGUAUGAUGGUAACGUUCAGCUUUCCCGUGUGUUUCUCAAACUGAUAUUGGAUACAGCUCCCAAUCACAAUUGGCACAACUGUCACCUUCUUCAGCUUCCACAACCUUCCUAUUUAUUUGCAAAGAAGUUUGUUCUUCUAUUUAAUUUAUUAUAAUUACUUUAUAACAAUAGCAAUUUAUUACUUAUAUAGCGCAAAAUACAUACGAAGAUGAUCUAAUGCGCUAAUCAACAGUCGGCUCUGCCUAGCCAGAGCUCAACCAACGUCCGCAGGCAAACAAUACCCUCAAGGGCUCCGUGGGGAGGAAGGGCGGGGGGAUGUAUUCUCAAAGAGUAGAGGUCAGUGUUGGUGGUGGUAUCCCACUGGUGGUAUUCCCAUCCGUUGGAUUUUAUCUGAAAUUACUUUCCCGGUGAAUUGCUGUGGGUUAGUCCAUUUAAUGCCUCAUCCGUACCUUGUUUAUUCCAGUUUGUCAAUGGAGAAGUGGCUUCUUUUCAAACUGGCAAGUUCAACAUGUCAGAUAGUUUUCAAGACUGGAGCUGCAGCAGUGCCUGUUCGCCACCUCAACACUGUCAUUUACCACGCUGUACAAAAGUUCCUUUCCCGGAAACAUUUACUGGAUCAGGAAAGGCAAGUCCACCUAUUACCUGGGUUCGAACCGAGGGGGAUUAG